AAUCUCUGUGCCAUUACCUUCUUCUUCGUCGUAGUGAUUUCUCUCGAGAGAAAAAGAGAGAUGGCUGAAGCAGCGAGAAGACAAGGUGGUGGGAGACCAUUACCGCCACCUCCGAGAGGCGUUAACCAACAACCUCCUCGCCCUAAACCUGAACCUGUCGAUCGUGAAAAGACAUGUCCCCUUCUUCUUCGUGUUUUCACCAAGAGUGGUGGUCAUCAUACUAGUGAAGAUUAUGCUGUGAGAGGCAAAGAACCAAAGGAUGAAGUUCAAAUCUACACUUGGAAAGAUGCCAGUCUUCGCGAGCUAACAGAUUUGGUUAAAGAAGUUUCUGUAGCAGCUAGGAGAAGGAAUGCUAGAUUGUCUUUUGCGUUUGUUUAUCCUAACAAUAAAGGUGGCUAUAAUGUGAGAGAGGUUGGGGAGACGAUGGCUUAUCCAAACCGAAAACAACCAGAUGACAGUAAAACGCUUUCCGAACUUCCGUUUGAGAUUGGAGAUUAUCUGGAUGUGGCAAUUUACUAGGAGGUUUCUGUUUCUUGUUAAGUGGGAUUUGGGUGCGUGCACAAUGGAAGAAGUACACAUUCAUAUGGUUGUAUCAUCUUAAACUUCGUUUAGACAUGUUUGUAUUUUUUGGAUCUAGUCUAUGUACUAAUGUCUAAUGGUUUAGUAUGUUAUCCUGCUUUUUUUGUUUAACGUGUUUUCUUUUCUAAAGAACCAAAAAAAAGAUGGAAGAACUCAAGCCAUUUUAUAUACAAAAAGGUAUAAAUUUAGACUAUCUAUAGACUAUAGCACAUGAAUAUGUAUUAAAUUAAGAUUUCAACCCAAUUUACUUUUAUUAGUAGAAUUAAUACUCGCACUUAACGUCGGAGAAGUAG